AUGGCUGAAUACGACUCGCUUCAUCAGCUUAUCGUAGCAAACCCCUGGCUUGGUAAGGGUCCUUUGCUCUGGACAGACAAACACCUCAAGCUCCUGGACAUCCAUUUCCAACCCGUCGGUCCCCUUGUCCCAUUUCCCUCGAUCUGCCGCUCAAUUUGCGAUCCUUCUGUCGCGUACGGCAAGGAAUUCGUGGCAGGCCUCACAUCUGAGGCGAAUCGUGCGGCUCUUGUCAAAAUCUUCCAAUCCUUGACCUAUGGCCUUGUUCACCUAACCGAAGAGAAGGCAAUCUUCAUGUACGCUGGCAAGAAGGUUCACAACACUUCAUGCUGGAUCUCCUAUGUCCCGCCCCCUGUGCUGUACGAGCACCCAGUCAUCGGAUAUUACCACUACGACGACGUUAAAUGGGAUCGUCUCGAGGCCAUUCAGCCCAGGGAUAGUCCCGGGGCCGGGAUCGGUGGCAAUGCGCCAGUGGUUCGUCUGUGCCGUCGAAGACUACGAAAUGCCACACCUGCCGAGUGGUCAAAGGAUCCCUACAUCGUGAGUCUGGUUCUGUCUUUUUCUCAGUGGAGCUGGCGCCAGGAGCGACACCCCUAUCUUCUGGUCUUUUCUGUCCGCUUGGUUGUAACCACUGAUCAUGACCCAAAGACCAUCCAUGUGUUCAUGGCUAACGUCAGCAUCCGACUCUUGGACUGCAUCUACUGGCCAGGUCUUAGCCUAGAAGGCGUGACCUGGCCAGUCAUCCACCACCUGCAGGUUCCCACUGAGCCCGUCUGCAAUUUCCCGGAUCGCCUGCUGUUCGAGGUGUUGGGUGUCCGUUAUUCCUAA